AGGACCUUGGGGCCUUCUUCCCAACUGGCACCCUGGCGCAGCGAGCCGCGCUGCACGUCGAAGCGUGCCGGCGCAGGCCCGGAGGGGGCGCAGGCGCGGCUUCCCGCGCUGCCGGUGGAGCUCGUCGGCGACUUCAGCCGGUGCUUGGCGCUCGAGGACUUCGCGCGGGCCCUCGCCCGCGCGACGUGGUCUUGUGGUGGAGAUCCCGCAGCGGAUGAACGGCGGGCGGACGAUGCCCUGGGCGGACCUCGAGGCCCUGUCCAUGCGGGCGAGGGACGUAGGCGCCCGGCUGCACAUGGACGGCGCGCGGCUUUGGGAGGCGCAGCCCUACUACGGCAGGAGCCUGGCGGACAUCUGCAGACUCUUCGACUCCGUCUACGUCUCCUUCUACAAGGGCCUGGGCGGCACCUGCGGAGCCAUGCUCUGCGGGGAGUCGAGCCUCGUCGGGAUCGCGAGGGCGUGGCUGGUGCGGCUCGGCGGCAGCAUGUUCACGCUCGCACCGCACUGGCUUGACGCUCAGAUGCAGCUGCGAGCCCACCGUGGCGGCUUCGAGGCCCGAUUCGAGAAGCUCCGAGAGGUGGUGCAGGCGCUCUCUGGCGACGCGCUCGUCAGCAAGAUCCUGCGGUUUGAGCCGCCCAUUCCCCAAUCGUGCCUGGUGCACGGCUACAUCGCUUCCGAGGCCCCGAGGGACGUCGUCGAAGCCGCGCACGAGAGGGUGGCCAGCGCGACCGGGUCGCGGCUCUGGAACAGCCUGCGCGGAGCGGGCUACGGUGGCGACGGGGCAAGCUCCACCGAGGCCUACUUCGAGUGGAGCGCCAGGGGCGGCCUCAACCCCCCCGCGGUGCAAACUGGGCCAUCCUGCUCGAACCGCCAGACCGACCCAGCUCUCUGGCGAUAUGUUUUUUUUCAAGCGGGUGUUUUGGACCUCUGGGGCCGCAGACUGGUAAAGUCGUUUCGGUGGAUGUCACGGGGGGACCGCUAUCCGGCUGUCUGCGCCCAUCCGCUCCCACCUCGGGGGGGGCGCGAGGGUACCGUCACGGAGUGGGGGUCGUCAUGGAAGGGCCCCCCCCGCCGCGCCUGAGGAACAUGGGGCCCGCAAACUCCGCCAUUACCACGGACGCCUUCCUGGAGGGGUGGCGGGCGCUCAGCAGAGAGCUCUCUCCCUGCGCGUAGCGGAGCCCCGCCGCGUCGAGGGCCUGGGGCGAAGGACGAGGGAGGAGGAGGAGGAGGAGGAGGCCGCCUCACAGCGCCGUGGCCAGCCGCAGACAGGGGGCCCCAGGCCUCUCGCAUGUGCCCUGGCGCUCGCUGCCCGAAAAUGCCGCGC